AUGGUGGCAGCCAAGGAUAUUGCCUCGGUGGAUCGUGGCGAAGAUGUGACAGGACGUAAGAGCGGAGCACAAGCGAUGCGUUGUAUUCGUGUUGUACUACAUGACGGUGACUCAAUCUGUGGAGCGACAUUCUCUGAUCGAGUGCUGACAAUGUGGCUUGACGGACUGAACGACCUCAUCGGCAGUGGCACGCUUAGCCGUGAUGCGAUGACCACGGCCGAUCGUCUGCUGAAUAUCGAGCUACGCCUUAGACUGUUGGACGUACCAAAUCCACAGUCAUCUGUUGAAGUGCCCCCUUUACCCGACGACUUUUCGUGGGUGAAGCAUCGCGCCGAUUGGUUUCUGAUGGACGAGGCUGGUCUCAGCGGAAAAGCGUGUAUCCUUUCGAUAUGA